AUGGAUGAAGAAUCAAUGUGGAAAGGCUUCUACGAGAAAUUACAACAGCAGAAGUCUACUGAGGAGAAAGUGCAUGAAAGCAAAAUACAAGAGGUGGAUGACAGUUUCUUUGAGAAAUUUGGGUCCUUAUUAAAACAAGUCUCACAACGUGCUGCUCUUGAAGAAUCAACUCCACUAGCUCCUUUAAAGGAGCCAGAGGAACAGGAUGGAGAACAGAAGGACGUGGCAGAUUUACAGGGAGAAAGAAAUCCGGGUCAUGAUUCUGACAGUGGCAAUGAAACGCUAUUGGACACAGAUUCCGAGCCGGAGGACCCCGAGAAAAUAGACUUUUAUGUUGAAGCCAUUGGUUGGAACGUCGAUGAACUUUAUUUGGAAAUUCUCUACGAGAUUUUACACAAUGUGGGUGGAUGCGACAUGGGCUGCGAGGUGGGACAGCAGGUGAUGCUGUCUUACGUCCAAGAGGCAUUUAAAAUUGCAAAUGAGAAGCAUACGCAGUUGUUAACAAAAGCAGAAGCAAAAGAACCGCCCGAGUUAAUGUUGAAUGUAGAGGUGGUGGAAGCUAAAGAUCUGGUGCCUAAAGAUCCCAAUGGAUUGAGUGAUCCGUUUGUAACAAUAUACUUAAUGUCAAAUUCUUCUCAACGGUACAAUACUUCAGUGAAAUCGAGCACAUUAAAUCCAUUGUGGGAGGAGCAUUUUUCAUUGCCGAUGCCGGCGAAUCUACAUGAGGACUCUUUGAUACUAGAAGUGUGGGACUUCGAUCCGGCUGAAACAGUCAAAGAGAAAAUGACAAAGAUAUUCGAAGUAAAAGGUGUGAAGGGCCUUCGGAAGUUGAUGAAAGAAAUAGCCAUCACCGCUUCCACAGGGAAACACGACAACGAACUUAUAGGAACUUCUAAUAUCCCACUAAAAUCAAUCCCAGCCGGUGGCAUGACAAUGUGGUUCAACCUAAGUAAAAAGAGCAAGCUCCGACGCCAGGGUGUUUUAAAGUUGCGACUGAACUUCUCUUCCGAGAAGAACUCACAAGUCGCAGCGCAGGAACAUCGACAUCUACUGAGGAUACUGCUUCUGCAUGAACUUGAGAGCUCUAAGGUUGCACCAUACUGGUGGUGCGGCAACUUCAGCGCGCCGGCAGAGGCGAUCCUCACGCAACAUGUGGCUCAAAGUGGCUUAAGCCAAAGCGACAACUGGCUUGCGCAAUGGGUGGUUUUCUGCGCUGUUACCACCGACCAUCCCCUCAGCUUCUCACUCUUCAACCAGCUGCUUGAGAAAAUAACGAAGCCGCUGCAAUCAGGACUAGUCAAUGAAGAGGAAGUUAAACUAUUCUGGGACGGCGCGAAAAAACUGCUGCCGACUUGUUACAGUCACAUAAGGAAACUGAGGAAAAAGACCGCUGGCGAUAAAACCGUCAUGAAGACGCUUAGAGAGGUCCUAAAGAUACUGUACCGCCUCUCUGUUCUCGAUGUCCCAGAAUAUGUAGACCUGUUUCCAGUUAAUUUGUACGGCUGGUUAAGAGAUAACAGUGACGGUAGUAGGUUAACCAUACAAGAGGUUUUGAAUCAGGCCGCAGUGCAAGGAGCUGCGGACUGGUUUGUCCAUAUACUGGAUAAUAACGAAUGUAAGGACAGAACUGAAGAUUCGAGAUUGCAACAUUUGAUAAGGGUGAUACAGCUAGUGCGCUCGGACUUGCAGCGGGCUGUGGAGUACUUUGACAGAGUUUUUGUAGAAAUAAUGAGCUUCCCAUAUUCCAAAGUGUUAUACGGUGUAUAUGAAAAUAAAAUAGCUUCACUGGUCGAACCAGAGGUGAUACAAGUGUGCAAAAACCUAAAACGACUGCAGUACAAUGAAGGCUCUACAAACAGUGUUUACUUGGCCGGUGGACUUAAUGGAGAAACUGGGCUUGGAACUCCACAGGUGGACCACGAGCCUCUAGCUAUGGGGACGACGCUCUUCGAAUUGUAUUUGGCGUUGCAAAGGUUUUUGGCCUUAGGACAGGGCUUAAACGAAACCGAGUGGAGUACUUAUGCAAUCUCCAAAUUUCAUUCGUGGUUUUAUGGCGGUGUCGCUCAAUGGCUGGAUAUAGCUGCUUACAAGGCGCUCACUCGCAUUGAAAAGGCGGUGGAUCUAGACAACCUAGUACCUGUGGACACCAAUGUUAAAUACAGUAGUUCGGGAGUAGAUACGCUUGCCAUAUUUUAUCAGAUCAAGAUAUUCUGGCAGCAGUUAGCCUGGCCUGAUGUAGAGGGAUGCUAUACGUUUGUUGCUAAGAUAGUUGAUGACAUUUGCCGGUGCUGUGUGUUCUAUUCAGACAAAAUGGCGGGCCGGGUUGACAACGUAGGCACGAUUAGCACGGUAUAUGAGGAACGCUUCGAAGUGACGAACGAGUGGUGCGUCGCCAUCAAUAACAUUGACUACGUGCGUCAGAGUCUACAGCCAUUCGUACGAGAGCUGGGCAUGGACGAGAUCGUACAGAACAUGUGUGAGGCUAGGUCGCCGCUCGAAGCACAGAGAUGCAAGGAGACUCUCCAAAACGUCAUGGCAAAUGCAAUAGACACAGUAAAAAAUAAAAUCCUAGAUUUGUUAGAAAUCAUGGUGAAAAAGAUGAUGCCCUCUAUCACUCGUUUCUUGAUAGAAGGAGCUGAGUUACUACAUCAAGAUUGUUCCAGCAUGGAUCGAGUGAUGCGUUACUUAGAAGCCAAUCUUGACACUCUAUACCAGCAUUUAAACAACGAGAACUUUUCAAGAACUUUAGACAUAGUCUGGGAACAAUUAGGAGAAGUGUUAUAUGAAUUGAUACAGGCAAAUCUCGAGAAACGCCGUCCACCAUCAUUCUUCUCCAACCUUCACGAAUGUCUAAACAUAAUGGUGCGAUCGUUCCGCCAAGACAAUAAAGAAGUCUACACGUCUGACACGCUUAAACGUGUAGAGUAUUUAUUGAAGAUUCAUGGCAUGGAGACUAGGGAAUUAAUCCAUCAGUAUCAUUUGGAGAGGUGGCAAGAGCAACAGUCAAUAACUGAGCCCAAGAUGGGUGUACUCACUGUAAGGGCGCAGUUUAUAGACGAUAAUUUAAAAAUAGAAAUUAUGAACGCAAGAAAUUUAAUGCCAACGGACUCGAAUGGUCUCUGUGAUUCUUACGUACGUGUAUCGAUAUUACCAGAAGACAUGUUCGCCAGUGUGGCUAAGCCCAAAACUCAAACACACAGCAAAAAUCUUUUCCCGCUCUACGAUGAAAUGUUUAUUAUCCCAUUAACGGCUGAGCAACGUCGUAUUACUGACGGCCUUUUGCACUUCGUCGUUAAGGAUAAGGACAUGUUCAGCGUUAGCAAUACGUUCGUUGGCGAGGCGUAUCUACACUUCAGUGAGGUGCCCGAAACUCCAGCACCUAUAAGCAGUCUAUCGCAGCAGCAUUUGCCUCUCAGCAAACCUGAUAGUAUCGAUGGUGAUGCAAUCAAGGCUUUAGAAUCGAGGCAAGGCGAUAAGCAAGCAAGAGAGUUCCUAAAAAAACAAAGACAGAAAAUGCCUAGCAAGCAAUUCUUCUCACUUGGUUAA